AGUCCGACCUGUGGUUGCAGUAGUACUGCAUCGCUCUCGUGGACGACGUUUAUAAGAAUUUUUCCAAAGCUCUCUGAUCCUGCCAUCGAAAUUUUCCAUCGUUUUUACGGUUUCUGUCUUUCAAAGCCAGUGGCCGUAAUCUACAGCUGUCUUUUUUUGUAAUAUUUUCUGCUGAACUGUUGAAAAAGGCAUAUAUAUUUACGUUUCGGCAUCUGCCUGAUUGCCUCUCGCGUUGCGUCCAGCCUGAAGAAAACGCCAUCGACAAGCAACCGACCAAUAUCAUCCUGCCUCACAUCUCUAGCCAAUCAGCAUACGUCUUGGCGCGACCUUGACCAGCAGCGCGUGCGACCCUGACAUAGGUGGCGCCAUGUUCGCACACGUGGCCUCGGCGGCGGCAGAUUUGGCGCCAAAAUCGCCGGUAUCGCCCAAGCAACCAUCGCCAAAGGAGGCGCCCAACUAUAAUCCGAGCGGAGAGUUUGCAGCGCGCUACGACGUCGGAGCCGUCAUCGGAAAAGGUGCUUUCUCAAUUGUGCGGCGAUGUGUGCAGAAAUCCACUGGCCUGGAGUUCGCUGCCAAAAUCAUCAACACCAAGAAGUUGACGGCACGAGACUUUCAAAAGUUGGAGCGCGAGGGCAGGAUAUGCCGGAAGCUCCAACACCCCAAUAUUGUACGACUUCACGACAGUAUCCAAGAAGAGAGCUUUCAUUACCUGGUCUUUGAUCUCGUGACUGGCGGGGAACUGUUUGAAGAUAUCGUCGCCCGGGAGUUUUACAGUGAAGCGGACGCGUCUCACUGUAUCCAGCAGAUUCUCGAGUCGGUCAACCAUUGCCACCUCAACAGCAUCGUGCACCGGGAUCUCAAGCCGGAGAACCUGCUGCUGGCCAGCAAAGCCAAGGGCGCCGCCGUGAAGCUGGCGGACUUUGGUCUGGCCAUCGAGGUGCAGGGUGACCAGCAGGCCUGGUUUGGUUUCGCCGGUACUCCCGGCUACCUAUCCCCGGAGGUACUGAAGAAGGAGCCGUACGGCAAGCCUGUGGACAUCUGGGCCUGUGGUGAGUGUUACAGAGGAGGGAUCGUCCGCCAUCCACCGACCGUCGUCCGCGUCAACUGUCUACCUUACACCGUCCACCAUCCACCGCCCACCGUCCACCAUCCGCCGUCCACAGUCCACCGUGCGCCAUCAAGCAUCCACCGUCCACCGUCCACCGUGCGCCGGUGGCUGGCCGGCAGCGUCCCAGCACCCAAUGACGCCUGGCUCCCUGCCAGUACG